ACAGGACGCUGCUUCCUCCUUUUAUAAGCCCAAGAGCUUCUUCCCUCAGCUCGGAUCACUGCCUUCGCCCACAGCUAGCCCAAGGUCCAUGGCGGGGUUGGAGGUGAGAGUUCGGAACCUGGACUGCGAGGGCUGCUCCUCCAAGAUCCGACGAGCUCUCCUCAAGCUCAAAGGGGUGAAGGAGGUGGACAUCGACGUGGAGUCGCAGAAGAUAACGGUGAGGGGAUACGCCGUGCACGAGAAGAAGGUCAUCAAGGCGAUUCGGAGCAUCGGGAAGACGGCGGAGCCAUGGCCGUACCCGCGGGGACACUCCCACUUGUCCUCCUUCUACACCUACCCGGCGGGCAUAGCGUCUUCGUACUACUCCGAGACGCCCGGCUGCGACGCUGCGGAGGUGCAAGCGUUCUUCCACACUCCGGCCGUGUACUCGGUGGCCGUGGCGUCCGAUGAGACCGUGGCGUCGCUGUUCAGCGACGAGAACCCGAAUGCUUGCACUGUUAUGUAGAUUAGGCUCUGCUUACUGCAAAUCCAGCUUGUUUUCCAUCUCUAAGCUUUCUUCUUCUUCGGCGGGCAAUGGCAGGGAGAGACUGUCUCUGAUAUGUUGUUUUUGAUGGUAUCCAUAGCAAAGGUUGAGACAUCUGACCGGUUGCAGAUCUUUCCGGAUUCAUGUUAAGUAAACAACACAACACAAUGUGAGAUGUCAGCCUCUGAUUGAUUCUUCCUGUCUUCAA